GCUCCAGGCGCAUGGCACCCGCCGCCCAGUCGCCGCGGUGGCUGCCGGGAUGCGCCGCAGCGAAUGGUCGCGCCGGGCGCCGCUUCGAGUGACCUUUCACCCGCGCCCAGCGGUCCCGGGCGGCGGCACAAGGCGGAAGCCAUGGCGGAGGCGGAGGCGGCGGCUGCAGCAGGCGGGACGGGCGCUGGCUCCGGCUCUGCAGCGGAUCGGAACCGGGACCCGGACCGGGAUCGUGCCGCGCGGAGGCUGCGGGUUCUCUCGGGCCAUCUGCUGGGCCAGCCCCAGGACGCUCUGAGUACCAAUGAGUGCAAAGCGCGGAAAGCCGCGUCGGCUGCCACGGCGGCGCCCACGGCCACUCCCGCCGCGCAGGAGUCAGGUACCAUCCCCAAGAAGCGGCAAGAAGUUAUGAAAUGGAAUGGAUGGGGAUAUAAUGAUUCCAAGUUCUUCUUCAAUAAGAAAGGCCAAAUUGAAUUGACUGGGAAAAGGUACCCUCUUAGUGGCAUGAUUUUACCAACUUUUAAAGAAUGGAUCCAAAAUACCCUUGGAGUAAGCCUGGAGCAUAAAACUACCUCUAAAGCAUCCUUAAAUCCUAAUGAUACACCUCCUUCUAUUGUAAAUGAAGAUUUUCUUCAUGAGCUUAAAGAAACUAAUAUUUCAUAUUCACAAGAAGCAGAUGAUCGAGUAUUUAGAGCUCAUGGUCAUUGUCUUCAUGAGAUAUUUUUGCUCAGGGAAGGAAUAUUUCAACGAAUUCCUGAUAUAGUUUUAUGGCCAACAUGUCAUGAUGAUGUAGUUAAGAUUGUGAAUCUAGCAUGCAAAUAUAACCUUUGUAUCAUACCAAUUGGUGGAGGAACAAGUGUCUCAUAUGGCCUGAUGUGUCCUGAAGAUGAAACAAGAACAAUUAUUUCUUUGGAUACUUCACAAAUGAAUCGGAUCAUCUGGGUUGAUGAGAACAAUCUGACAGCUCAUGUAGAGGCUGGUAUAACAGGACAAGAGUUGGAAAGACAGCUUAAAGAAAGUGGUUAUUGUACAGGUCAUGAACCAGAUUCCCUGGAAUUCAGCACUGUGGGAGGAUGGGUCUCUACUCGGGCCUCAGGCAUGAAGAAGAAUAUCUACGGCAAUAUUGAAGACCUGGUGGUUCAUAUAAAAAUGGUAACACCUAGAGGUAUAAUAGAAAAAAGCUGUCAAGGACCUCGUAUGUCAACAGGCCCUGAUAUCCAUCACUUCAUCAUGGGAUCUGAAGGAACUCUUGGUGUGAUAACAGAAGCUACAAUAAAAAUCAGACCAAUCCCUGAAUACCAAAAGUAUGGCUCAGUAGCUUUCCCUAAUUUUGAACAAGGAGUAGCCUGUUUAAGAGAAAUUGCAAAACAGAGAUGUGCUCCUGCGUCUAUUCGCCUCAUGGACAAUCAGCAGUUUCAGUUUGGUCAUGCUCUUAAACCUCAGGUUUCCUCUAUUUUUACAUCUUUUUUGGAUGGAUUAAAAAAGUUUUAUAUUACAAAGUUUAAAGGAUUUGAUCCAAAUCAGCUAAGUGUUGCUACAUUAUUGUUUGAGGGAGACCGUGAGAAGGUUCUUCAGCAUGAAAAACAAGUGUAUGACAUUGCUGCAAAAUUUGGUGGACUGGCAGCUGGAGAAGAUAAUGGACAGAGAGGUUAUUUGCUGACCUAUGUCAUUGCAUACAUUCGAGACUUGGGUUUGGAAUACUAUAUAUUAGGAGAAUCUUUUGAGACUUCUGCUCCUUGGGACAGGGUUGUAGAUCUCUGUAGAAAUGUAAAAGAAAGAAUAACAAGGGAAUGCAAAGAGAAGGGUGUUCAGUUUGCUCCUCUUUCUACAUGCAGGGUGACGCAGACUUACGAUGCAGGUGCAUGUAUCUAUUUCUACUUUGCCUUUAACUACAGGGGAAUAAGUGACCCACUGACUGUGUUUGAACAAACCGAGGCAGCUGCUAGAGAAGAAAUCCUGGCUAAUGGAGGGAGUCUGUCACAUCACCACGGAGUGGGCAAGUUACGGAAGCAAUGGCUAAAGGAAAGUAUCUCUGAUGUCGGCUUCGGGAUGCUGAAGUCUGUCAAGGAAUACGUGGACCCCAAUAACAUCUUUGGAAACAGAAACCUUUUAUAAAUACAUUACUUUGUUACAAAAAAAUGUUACUUUUUUUUUUUUAAAGUCUUCAACUAUGGUUAUACCAGUAAUCACAUAUAUAUCAUGGACUGUAUUUUGGCUAUAUUGUUUCAUUCUGUAGUUUGUUUUGUUACUACAUUUACCGAUUGACAGAUGGUAUUCCUAAAUCUCUCUCAUUGUAGGUGCAUCAGUUUUCAGCCAACUGGUUGUCAUUUCAAAUUUUCGUCAGGCAGCGCAGGCUGCCAGUUGUUUCAGAGAAGGAUGCUGCCAGCUGUUUUGUAUUGAUGCUUCCUCUUGGGAACAAAAGCAGAUUUUGGUGUCAUCUAUUGCUUAUCUAGUCUCUUUUCUAAAGAACAUUUCUGGGAAGCAGAUAUCUAGGGAAGGAUUCCACUGGGGAGUGAUACACACGCGUGGCUUUUUAAGAGUGCACUCUUGUGUGAGUAGGCAUUGAGGGAGGCUACUCAUGAAGCAAUGGAGGCAACCUGUUAUUUAGGAUGCUUUUAGUUCUGUAAGGUACUUGGCCUACCUUUGCUUUUAAAAUUAGCAUAAAGUUAUGUAACUUUAAAUCAUCAAUAUACAAAUUAUCUGUUACGGGACACUAUUUUGUUCUCCAUGUUUCUGUUUCUACUGAAAUGUGAGUUGUAUUUGUAUCACUGAGGUAACCUAUUGUUAUAUCGUAGUUCAUUCAUAAUACGUUUCAUAAGAAAAGCUGACUUAUCACUCAUUGUAUGUGAAGAACAGGUUUACCAUGAAAUGAAAGCCUUUAUUCAAGCACAGAAUCUUAAUGUUUCUGAUUUCACAUUCUUGUUGCUGAGAUGCCGAAGAAGCUGCAACAGGAGAGAAGAAGGAAGACUCCUUACACUUAAUGUCUUCAGUUCCAAGACUUGUUUGGCUAAAGAAACACAGUCAUCAAUCAGCUGUUGAAUUUGAAGGCCUCAAUAAUAAAAAUCUUUUUUUAAAAAUUAACCCAAAAUUAAAAAUUUUCAUAUAAAAGUAAAGUUUCAAUUAGUUUUUAAUAAUGGUUUAAUGCCUUUUUUUGAAUUACUGGUUUAACGUAAACUUUUUAAAAAACUGAUGUCUUACUGCACACAGCAUUAUCUAAAGUGUGAAAUAUCAUAUUUCUUAAUAGGGAGAACAUUAAUCACAUUUAGCAAACAUUUUUACAUUCAAACCUGGAUAUUAAAAUAAGUGAAAUGAUUACUUUGAAUCACUGUCUGUCAAGAUUCACAUUUUGAGAUGGAUUCUUUUCUUAAUGCAAUACCUAACUUUUGAUAAUUUUUUAAAAUUAAUAUUUGAUCAGAUAAUGUAAGUCAAAAUGCAGAUGUUCCUGUAAAAGGACACACUGUCUGUCUCUGUAGCAACAGCCCCAGAGUAUUUGGGGCAGUUUGAUAUGUUUUAUAUCUGAAGUAGCCUUAACCAAAAAAGUAAAAAUUUAAAAUUGACAAAAUGCUAUUUUUAAGACUUCAAAAUGAUAAUUUCUAAUGAAUAAAAUUGGCCUCAAACUAAUAAACUUAAAUCUGUAAGCAAAUCAAAAUUAAAUAGUUUAACAAUAAAAUUAAAUAUUGAUUAUUAGAAGCUGCCUCUUCAUUGGUGAUUUAUUUUUAAUUGUAAAAUUUCCAGCAGAUCUUUGCUUAAAGCCCUUGCUAGUUGAAAUAGUUGGAUACUUGAUGAGGAAAUUACACUUGCCUCUAGAAUUAUAAAAAUCUCAGCUUUAUAAAAUGCAUCUAUUCAUGGAGGUAAUUUCUCUAGUUGGUGAUCAAAAUGUAACAUUUAACGUACUAAUAUCUCACUGGAGUUGAUACAUGUUUUGGGGUAAUUUUUUUAAAAAUAAAACUUAAAGAUUCAUAAGCAAAUCCAUUCCAUUCCUUUGCAUGUGGUGGUUAUAACAUUCUUUCCCAGGGAGUUCAGACUUCAACCUCUGAAAGCUGUAUUUGAUAUGAGGAAACUGUAAAUGUCACACCCGAAAAUUGCUGUGUUCACUGUUCUACGUGAACCCUGUGGACAUUAGUGAUAGAUGUCUUUUUUUCCUUCUCUCGUGUAUUCAGGACUCCCUAACCUUGCUUUUAUAGUGAUGACUACAUUUCGUAGUUGGAAUCAUUUCUACAGGGAUCCUUUGGAACCCAUGAACACUCAUCAGUGCUGUUUCACUCUGAUGUAGUAAAUCAGAAAGCCUUUCCCCCGCUGCCACACGCCUGCGUCUGAGAGGUACCUCGGCAUACUCUUUAGUGUCUGUGGAGAGCUGAGUUCUGGAAUAUGCACAGCAGUACUUAAACCUUGCCUCAUAGUUCUGAAAUAUCUGAAAAUGGCCUCAUGAAGCUAAAGCCUGGAGAGCAUUGUUUAUGUGAGGCUUAACUCCUUUUGAAUAAGUUUAUUUAAAAUUUUGAAAGAUUGUAGCCUAUUUGGUUUUCAGUACUGCAGUAACACUGACUUCUCUUGCUUCAAUUAGUCGUAUUUCUAAUAUUUGAUGAUGUCACAUUCGGGUUGGGGUUUUAGUCAGAAUGGGAACUUACUGCUAGUGAGAAACGGCAUUGAAUAUUAAAAACUCAGUAUGAACAGGCUUUAUGGACCCUUAGAGUAACUGUUGCCUUAAUGUUUGGUGCAAUUUACAGUAUAUAAGUGAGUUUAGUCUUAUGCUGAGUAACUUGAGCUUUUUUAGGUUAGUAAGAAUUGUAAAAGCCACAUGCUUAUUGUGCCCAGCAUUUUACCACAAAGAAAGAGGAUAAAAUUCUUUCCUCUUCUGAGGAAUUGAGCAUUCUCUUCCUAAACGCUUACAUAUUAUAGUACUGUUACUUAAACAUUAUUUGUGAAGCUGGAAGCCUUCGGGUGUGCAUAACUGCGUGGAUGUAUUUUGGAAAACAAAAGUGCAGUAAAGGAUGAGCUUCCAUCAGUGUGUAGACUACACCAGAUACAGAUGGUGGCAAGGAAACCUCUUUUUUUAGAGAUUCUCUUAGUAACUGCUAAGUUCCAGUUUGCAUUUUUAAACAUGUCUUUCUGCAUGUUGGCUCCAGAGAUUUUUCUUUGUUAUAUUCUUUUAUAACUACAGCUCCUUAACCAUAGCUGAUCAGAGAAGCCCUAUAGUCCCAAACUAAAGCGUGUAACCUCGGGUGUUCAAAUGGGGCUGGGCUUGCUGAGCAUCUAUUCUAUAUAAUGUAGAACACAAACAGUUAUUUAUUUUGGACUGGUUCACAAACUGUAUAUGCUGGUGCUUGAGGCAGCCAAAGCGAAAUGCUGUGGAAAGAAUAUCUACAUUUUAGGAAACACCAGGACAGGAGUUAAGGAUAACUUUAAUAACUUUUUGUUUACCACUUACUAGCAACUUUGAUUUUAAUUAGGGCUUAGCCUAUGAUGGGCGAAAAGCCGAAGAUAACAAGUGCCAGUGUAGGAUUGAAAAUCUAGAAUUGCUUUUGGCUUUGUAAGUUAUGAAAGCUUGGCUUUGCUCAAGGUUUCCUGUUCCCAGAUGAGCCACGUGUCGAUGUAUUCAUUUAAUUUCUAUUAAUUUCAAUUUCCUAAGAGAGAAACAACAUAUAUUUUGAUGCUAAAAUCCAUACAGUGUAAAAGUUUGGUUUUUUUUAACUACUGAAGUAUAGUGAGUCUGCUAGGAAGGAUGUAAGUUAGCUUUCUGCUUCUUAAGCCAAACAGUGUUUGUCUUUAGUGUAAAAUGUAACCAUAAAAGCUACUUGUAAUAUCAACAGAUUAUAGAAACUUAUGAAUAAAAUGGACCUUACUCUAAGAGGAUUUUUUUUUCUUCAAAGGUAGUAUGGAGCUGUUGGUUCUUCUUGUUUGCAUGUGGGUAUUUCUUUCGAUUGUAGUUUUUCAUCUUCAUAUUUUCACUGUUUUGAAAACAAAAUUAAUUUAUAUAAUUUUAUUAAUGAAGCACAGUGAAGUGCAACCUAACUAUAACUGAAUCCCUUUGGAUUUAUAGCUGAGUAUAUUAACUAGGUUUUAUCACUAAUUAUUUUUUAAAUCAACGUUAUAUUCCUAGAUCUUUAGUCUCCUGUGAACCUGAAGCAUUCCCAUUUGAACCUUGGAAGACCCUCAAAGAAUGAGCACUCUUGUGCUCUUCUAAACACAACAAUUCCUUAACAAACGUGAGUAAGGACCACUGAUAUAUAGAACACUCAUGCCAAAGAACCAUCACAGAAUUAAGUAACUUUAGUUCUGUGACCAUGAAAAGAUUUCUUUUCUGGUUCUCAAAGAUUUUUUUUUUCCCCCACAAGGAAGAAAAAUAAUACAUUAAAUAUCUUUAAUAACAUUUUUUAGAGACUUUGAACUUUCAAAUAUAAGAGAGAGAGAGAAGGGAAAAAAAGGUUUUAGUGUGGAUUUCUAAGCAGCAUAUACUCGUAUACAUGUUUUUAAGGCAUCUUAUUGUUGGCAGUGUUUCCAUGAACAACAUGAGCAUCCUUUGAAAAUGUUGUCUAACCCUUAAAGUAAUCUUGUUCACAUGUCCAAAGGACAUGAAAUGCUUGUACUGGUAUACACGUUUCUAGAAAUAAUUAUCUUUUUAGCUACUUAAAGAAUAUCCCCAAAAGAUCACAGUGCCUUGUUGGAUUUUUUUUUUCAUGAAAUAGCCAUUCUUUAAAAUGAGUGGGAGAGGAUAAGUCUUCAAAGACGGCUUGUUCAGCAGGUCAAGGCUAUCCCUCUUCAAGAACAUAUCAGGAAUUAAGUAGUUGUAUGUAGAAACAGAAUCCUUUCCGCAGUGUUGGUUUGGAUCACCUAUUCUAGCAUAUUUAACCUGUAUUCCCGCAUACAUCUAUUCAGCCGAUGGGAUUUCUAUGUACUUUCAUUCUUACAUUUUCAUUCCUACUGUCCCAACUUAGUAGCCUAAGGCGUGGCUCGGUGGGUGUGGCAUCCUCAGCCCCUGAGACACCCACUUCGUGCUUCUGGAUGUUUGCUCACACAGCUCCCUUAGGGACAGAGCUUGUGGGAGGGGUUUCUAUUCCUUACGUUGUUAGUCCUUUUUUGUGUGAUGGUGCCUUCAGAAUAAUGAAUAUUUCUGUUCCUGGACAAGGAUAAAUCUUAUGAGAAAUAUGUGUAGGUUCUAUUUCUUUAUUUUUGUCCUUUUUUGCUAAGCCUGUGAAAUUCUUUGGCUCUGAUACAACUUGACUUGAAUAAUAUCUUAUCCUGAGUCUUCCUCCAAGGCAGUACCUACUCCUGUCAGUACUGUAGGAAUCUUUUGGGAACUACAUGUGGGUAAGCACUUGUAUGGAAGCCAUUAUACUGCUGUAACUAAUGCAUACAAACAAUUCUUCUCUUUACAUUCAUAGUCUAAAAAGUGGGUAUGUAGUGGGAAGGAAAAUUGCUGAGAGAUUCCAGCCUCGCUUUGUCAAUUCAGACUGAGCCAUACUGUUUUCUACAAGGGCUCAACACGUAGUCUCUCUGUUGUGCUUUCGGUGUAUGUAUGGUUCCUUCAAUUGCUUUUCCUAGACUGUACUGUUCUAUAAGUAACUGCCUAUGUGUGAGUUUUAAGAUGUGCUGGGAAAAAAAAUAAAACAAUACCAAAACAA